CGAGCAGAGGCCGGCGGGGCCGCGGGCGGGCGGGCGCCCCUCCGCGGGGGGUGAAGGGCUGAGGCGAGGCGGCGCCUCGGGCAAGGCGCGGCGCUCGCCUCGGGGCGCAGAGGGCGGCUGCCGCCUCCCGCCGCGGGGAUGAGCGCCUCGGCGGCCACCGGCGUCUUCGUCCUCUCGCUCACCGCCAUCCCCGUCACGUACCUCUUCAACUGCCUGGCGGCCGGCGGCAGUUCCUGGGUAAUUGUUGCAGUUGGAUUGCUGGUUCUGGUUUUUAUUGCUCUGUUGGCUCGUGUUCUUGUCAAAAGAAAACCACCAAAAGACCCGCUGUUUUAUGUUUAUGCUGUAUUUGCCUUUACCAGUGUAGUGAAUCUAAUAAUUGGACUGGAGCAGGAUGGAAUUAUUGAUGGAUUCAUGACUCAUUACUUGAGAGAGGGUGAACCAUAUCUCAACACCGCAUAUGGCCAUGUGAUCUGCUAUUGGGAUGGCUCUGUUCAUUAUCUGAUGUAUCUGUUGAUGGUGGCAGCUAUUGCAUGGGAACAAAGCUAUAGAACCAUUGGCCUCUACUGGCUAGGUUCCAUUAUCAUGAGCAUCAUUGUCUUUAUGCCUGGAAACAUUGUGGGCAAAUAUGGAACAAAAGUGUGUCCUGCUUUUUUCCUAAGUGUACCAUAUAUUUGCCUUCCCAUAUGGGCUGGGUUCCGAAUUUAUAACCAACCUUCGGUGACUCACGACACUCCAGUCAAGGUGGUUCAAGAAGUCCAGAAGAAAGGACUCUUAAGACGACCAAUAGAUUUAAUGUUAGCUGCAUACCUCAUUCUAGCAACGGGGUUUUGCAUAUUUAGGGGCAUGAUGCUGGCAUACAUGUUCUACUCUGUGCCAUACUAUGUGAUUGCUCUGUAUGGCCUACUGGUGCCUGGUUGCUCCUGGAUGCCUGAUAUAACCCUUAUACAUGCUGGAGGACUAGCUCAGGAUCCGGAGGAAAACACGAAAAGAAGACAUUUUAACAUCCCUGCACUAGCAGUUUGCUGCCUACCCUCUCUCCCCCUCUGGCCCAUCCUACCUGCUGUGUGUGAUGCCAUGGCUAUAGUGGACUAUGCUUCUCUGUCCAAGAGGGUAAGAGCGUACGAGUGCCCACACAGCAGUCUGGGAUCCCAGUCUGGUUGCUGCACCUCUGAACUAAGGGCCGUGUUUGUUCAGUGCGGUUCUUCUCUCCUACGACAAGGGCUUUGCCAACAGCACAGGCCGUCUGCACCAGCUGAGCAGCAUACACAGCACAGAAGCCACACGAAGAGGGAUCUUCUGCAGGCACUGAGUAUGGUGGAGGUCCCUGAACAGACACUACAUUCUGGCGCUGAGGACUGCAGAAGCAGAGGCAUGCUCAGAGCACCAAAUCAUGGCACUUAGGGUGCUCAUGUGAAGAUGGUGGACUGGGACUCUUCGGCUGGGGAGAGGCCUCAGUCUGGAUUUUGAGACUAUGGGAUAAGUAUAAUCACCAAGCACCACCGGCUCACAGGCCAAUUAUUUUGUUGUGAUGCAAGUAACACGUACAACAACAACAACAUGUACACAAUCUGAGGGGAAUGAGAAGCAAUGAAAUCUAAUUGCAAAGCCAAUGAAAUGGAGUGAUUUGCAAUAAUUUUUCAAAGGCAGGUUUUCCUGUUUACUCUGCUGACAAACAGCAAACUUGUACCUGCAGAAAAGCUUGGCAUCUGUAGAAAGCCUAGGGUUGCUAUAAACG